GCAACUUCAACACAAACCGCCGAAUCUGCGAUUGCAGGCACCACAAAUCAACAGCACCGAUCUCGUUGACGCCAACAAAUCCCGCAUCGAUCCCGGUCCGUCAGUCAUUCGCACCCUGCUAAAUACUAUACACAAGCCAGCCAAGGCCGAGACAGCAGUCAAAAUGGGUGACGUCCUGGUCGAGAACGCCACCAACAGCACCCAGCCGCUCAAGAAGAACACCACCUCGACCAUCCCUAGUAUCGAGAACUUCGAGGGCGUGCCAACAGAAGGCGGCGAUGAGUACGCGACGCUGAAGCGGCUGCAACGGCAACUCGAGUACAUCCAGCUGCAGGAAGAAUACAUCAAGGAUGAGCAGAGGAGCUUGAAGCGGGAACUGGUCCGGGCACAGGAGGAGAUCAAGCGCAUCCAGAGCGUACCUCUAGUCAUCGGUCAGUUCAUGGAAGCGAUCGAUCAGAACACCGGCAUCGUCCAGUCUAGCACGGGGUCCAACUAUGUCGUCCGUAUCCUGUCGACGCUUGAUCGCGAGCUCCUCAAGCCGUCCUCCUCGGUUGCCCUGCACCGCCACUCCAACGCGCUCGUGGACAUCCUCCCGCCCGAGGCCGACUCGUCGAUUGCCAUGCUCAACGCCGACGAGAAGCCCGACGUGACAUAUGCGGACGUCGGCGGUUUGGACAUGCAAAAGCAGGAGAUCCGCGAGGCCGUCGAGCUGCCCUUGACACACUUUGACCUCUACAAGCAGAUCGGCAUCGACCCGCCCCGCGGCGUCCUGUUGUACGGGCCCCCCGGCACGGGCAAGACCAUGCUCGUCAAGGCUGUCGCCAACUCGACGACGGCCAACUUCAUCCGGGUGGUCGGUUCCGAGUUCGUGCAGAAGUAUCUCGGCGAGGGACCGCGGAUGGUGCGAGACGUGUUCCGGAUGGCGCGCGAGAACGCGCCGGCCAUCAUCUUCAUUGACGAGAUCGACGCCAUCGCGACCAAGCGCUUCGACGCCCAGACGGGCGCCGACCGCGAGGUCCAGCGCAUCCUGCUCGAGCUGCUCAAUCAGAUGGACGGUUUCGACCAGACGGCCAACGUCAAGGUCAUCAUGGCGACCAACCGCGCCGACACGCUCGACCCUGCCCUGCUCCGCCCGGGCCGCCUCGACCGCAAGAUCGAGUUCCCCAGCUUGCGCGACCGCCGCGAGCGCCGUCUCAUCUUCACCACCAUUGCCAGCAAGAUGAGCCUUGCGCCCGAGGUCGAUCUCGACAGCCUGAUUGUGCGCAACGACCCGCUGAGCGGCGCCGUCAUCGCCGCCAUCAUGCAAGAAGCCGGCCUGCGCGCCGUCCGCAAGAACCGGUACAACAUCAUCCAGUCUGAUCUCGAGGAUGCCUACAGCAGCCAGGUCAAGGGGUCGAGCGACGAGAACAAGUUCGAUUUCUAUAAAUAGACGACCGACGGCCACUCGAUUGUCCCUGUUGGUGAGGGGAUCAGAUGAGCUCUGGACUGGAAAGAGGGGACCGGAAUACCAGACGACAACAAGCCGUGGGGAGGUGGAUCGCGGCAUGCAUGUACAGAAAAGAAAAAGAAAAACCACCACCCGGAUCACGCUGUAGCAAACCAUAGAACGAAUCGGCUUGCUCUUUG